GAGGAGGAGGAGGAUGACCCCCUUAGGCCUAGGCCUGCCAACUAUCACCAUGAAGAUGAGUCGGGUAUGUGUUGGUUCGUGGGCCCGGAUUCGAUAUCGGCUAUAAAAAGAAACGGGCUCUCCGGAUUGAUCACAGUUUCACGGAGAAGAUUCACGAGCUAACAACGUGAUUGUCUCCUUGGUCUGAUCAGCAUCAUGAAGUUAUCCCUCUUCCUCAUUUUCUGCCUGGGGCUCAUCACUCUCUUGAGCUUGACUCCUGAGAGUGAGGCUGCGACCCGCCGUCAGCUUCGCAGAGGUCGAGCUGGUCUCAGACGUGUGCAAGGUAGAUCGCAAUCAGUUUCUCCCCGAAGGUCACACCCGUAUCCUCUCCAAUAUGCCGCUCAACGAUCCGUCCAUCGACCCGCCAGACUUGGCAAGUCAGUUCGCAGAACCAAUAAGUCUGGUCGCCGUGGAAAGGCCGUCCGAAGACGGCAGAAAUCCCGCCGAAAUGGCCUUCGUCGCAAGCAGACACCUACUUACCGACCAAGAAGUCGAACCGGCAAGAAGACCAAGCCCAUGGCCAGGCGUCAAUCUCGUCGCUAUCAGAAGAGAGUCCAGUCCUCUUACCGAAAAGCUGGUAGACGCUCUCGCGGUCGCAAGCAACGCCGAGGCCGCAAGGCUCUCCAAAAGUACUUCCGCCGCCGUUACCGUAGUGGUCGUCAAGAAGGUGAAGUGGUUGAGGAGGUAGAACCCAUUGCACCCACUAAUGCCGAGGAGGCUGAGGAGACCAUUGAGGCCAUGGAUGAAGCCGUUGAAGACCCUGAGAUGCAAAACGAAGUGGAUGCCAACGGUGACGGUAUUCCUGACUGGUGCAACCCCAUCAAACCUAUGGGCGCUUGGUUGAACUUCCGCAAGAUGAAGCUCUGGUGUGCUGACCGCGGAUUCACCAAGUUUGGUCCCUAUGGUGGGGUUCCCACCGAGGCUCCUGAAACCACUGCCGAUGGCGAAGAUGCCGAUGGUAGUGAUUUGAUGGAGGGAGAGGAGGAUGCCAUGGAUUAUCUCGAUUAUGAGAUGGAGGCUGAGGAUCCUGAAGCUGAUCAGGCAGCUCUUGAGGAAGGAGGUGACGAGGAUGUUGACUACUAACCAGUAGCGGAUCAAACACCCGCUCUCACUCCCCAAGCUUUAAGUUUCGAAUAAGCGAUGAUUUGCCAAUGAUAUUUCGCCAAUUCAAAUAAUUCGACCAUUUCUUCUUUAAACAGCGACCACGUCUAUGAUGCGAUUUCCCCUAUUGUUGCACAAAUCAGCGAAUAACAUUCUGACAAUAAAACUCCUCUUCAAAAGGAAAA